AUGAUCGAGCGCUACUUUGACGUCGCCGACCGAGCCGACGCCCACCUUGCCGAGCGCUUCAAUACCUCGGUCGCCGGCGCCCGCAUGCGCAACCUCCGACAGACCAUCUUCUGGGGCCCCGACAAGGUCUGCUGGCCCUUCGACCCCAGGGCCCCGCGCUGCUGGGCGGUGCCCCCGUCGAGCAUGGGACCGAAUGCCUUUGGUCCUCACUCGGGCAACGGGGACAUUGUCUUCAACGAGCCGCGUUGGCUGAAUUCGGGAACCGUCAUGGGCCCCGUCGGUGACGUGAGGAGGCUUAUCGAUGCCACCAUGGACGAGAUCAAGGCCACGUACGAUGAGUCCUUUGAGUUCCGCGAUUCGGACCAGUACUACGUCUCCAACGUAUGGGCCCGCCAGGAGUAUUGGAGGUCCAAAGAAGCCGCCCACGGCGGCGAGGUCCACGGCGGACCUGCCGACCGCAUCAUCCCCGACAAGAGAACCGGGGGCCAGCAAACGGAGCUGCACGUUGCCAUCGAAUACGAGUCGGCCCUCUUCCAGACCAAGGCUGGAUACGAAUCCUUUCUGACCCGCCUGCCCUUUGACCAAAGUAAUUUGACGGCCACCGUCAAGGCCGACGUGCUCGAGGCGGGCGACAAGUUUCAGCCGUAUCCCAUUGAAAUGCCCUUCAAUGUGCGCGCGGCGCUCACGAGGUUGUACGACGCCAUUCCCCAUGCCCACCGGGGCACGGCGGCCAGCGACUGGAUUCGCACCGUCAGUCUUGGCGUCAACUUGGUGACGAAGCACAUAUAUGCCCUGUGGCACUGCACGGGGCCUAAGGACGGGUUCGAUGCCGAGUACCGGGUGUAUUGGUGGUACCCCUUUGCCGAGUCUCUGCUCAAGGCCGCCGUCCAGUCGUCGCAGGCGGGGGAUCUCAUCUCGUCGCGUCUCAUCGACGGGCGCAGGUGGGCGGCCAAGGCCGUCUUCCCCAGCAGCAAGAAGCUCGCGGGCAACACCUACGGAGGGGCCUGGUCCGACGCCCACGGCGGUAGCUUCAUACCCUGGGCCGAGCUCUGCGGCCCGCACGAAGAGGCUCUCUUCCAAGGCGAGCGGAGCAGCGCCGCGUCCCCGGCGCCGCUGAGUAGGCGGGUCGAAACGAGACGGCAAUGGUAA